AGGGCAGUAGCGGCUAUCUUUGUUGUAACGAACAGGGAAAAACACGAAUAAGAAUUUUGAUAAUACUGAAUGGUAUUGGUACUGACCGUACUGACGCACAAUUCAUUUAUUAUUAAUUUAUUGAUGGUAUGAUAGUUUUUAAUGAUAAGCAUAGCUUUCAAAUUUGAGAUUAUAAAAAUCAUUUUUACAUGAGUUAAGUACCAUAAUAUUUAAAACGUGAUACAAUUAAACUAUCAACAAUUAUAAAGAAGAUGUAUAGAUGUAGAAAGCAAAACAUAAAGUAGAAGUGAAAAAAAUAAAAAAAAUAAUGGAAUCAUUGGGGGAUGAUUCGACAUCCACAGAAGAAAUUAGGCCUUCUUUUAAUCCUAAUGACACAAAUUUAUAUAAAACAGGUUUAAGAGGGAACAAUAGCACCGUUAAUGAAUCUGAAUCAUCCAAUAAAGAUUCAGCUAAAAAAUUACAGAGAAAGCUUACUUCGUCUUCAGACACUGACGAUUACAAUGGAAAUGAUCAAGAUAAACAAAUAUCAAAAUCUGGCAAACAGGAAAGCGGUAUAAAAAAUAAGAAAGCUUACUGUAAUAGUACAAGAAAGAAAGCUCAUAAAAGUAGAGAAUUAAAAUGUAGCAAUUCAGGAGAUAAGAAACAUUCUGAAAGAAGGCAUUCGAUAUUACAAUUGAAUAAAGAAGAAGCAGAUUCUAGUUCUGGAAAAGAAUUCCAAAAAUCAAAAUUUUCUCGUAAUACCGAUCUCGUAAAGAAAUUAUACGAAAUUAAAAAAGGUGGAAAUUCAGAUUCAUUGGGUACAAAACAUUCAAGAAAAAAAACUUUGCUCUGCAAAAAACAAAGUUUACGUUUCAAAUCGUACGUUAUCAAAAUUUUGAAUAAAUUUAAAAUUUUGUGUUCCGAAUACGAAUUAAUGACGGAACAUGUAAAGUGGGAGAAUUUUAAUGAAGAAUUACAAUAUCAAGAGUCUGCGUAUUAUAUUGUAAAGAAAGUAAGAAAGUUGAUCAACGACCUUAAAAUGGAAAUUGAUGCACAGAAUAAGAAACUAGUAAAUUUUUUCGAAAAGUGGAAUAAAAAUUGUAGUAUAGAAAAUACGGAUCAUGAAGACAGUUCUUCAAGCGGAAACAAAGAAGUAUUGCUAAGUAAAAGUCUGGAAGAAAUAACAAAUAAAUCAAAGACUAAUUCAAAGGAAGGAAGUGUAGUUUCAGAAUGUGAUAACAAGGAAAUAUUUUCUGAUAGCGAUACAACUACUAAAAUAAUUGAAAAAAUGAGUGAAGAUAGUAGUGGAAACUCUUCAAGGGUUACAUCACCUAUCCUCGGUAGUAAGAUGAUGGAAAAAAUACAUAAUAAAGUAAAUGUAAGAGAUAAUUCAAAACCUGUUGAUUCAAAUGAGAAAGUUUUGAAAGUGUCCCAUGUUAACGAAAAUAAAAAAAACAUUAACGAAUCUGUAGAUGAUGUGUUUGAGGAAAGUAUGACGAAAAAUGUAUCUGCUUCAAACAUUUCGAAACCAAACGAGAAUGAAAUUGUCACUUCGAAUGAUCUUCAAUCAGAGAACAAUAGUUCAGAAUCUAAAGAAGUGAGCAAUGAAACAGCAGCUACAGAAAAUGACAAUCUUGAAAUUGAGAGUGAAAAGUUAUUCGAUGAUGAAGUAAAAACUACAACUGCUACAUCAGUUGAUUCUAAAGGAACAUCAGAAUCAGUUGAAAAUGACAAAAAUAAAGAGAAUGAAGAAAAUAAAAAGAAUGAAGAAUAUAAUUCUCUUAAUGGACUUGAUGAAGAACAAGCCAAAAUGGAGCUGUUAGACUCAAAUCAAGAAACAGUUAUAAACAAAGGACCUAUCGAAAAGUCAAUUGAAGAAUCUCAAAAUUGUAGUCCAAACGAAAAAGGCAAAUCAAAAUGUAAAGAAAUAACACCUGAUAGUAGCAAGGAACUAAUUACUUCGUUACUUGAAACAAUUAAAGAUUGUGUUAAACGUGCACAUCUGGAUUCAAAUUCGGAUGAUUCUAUUAAUGAACUAUUUGAUAAUAAUGAAUCUGAUGAUAAUAGCGACGAAGCACGUGCAAAAGCAAAGUUACUGAUUUCUUCAAACGCGGAAAGCUUGGAUUCAAGUUUUUCAAGCGAUAUAGAUGGUGAUAUAGAAAGUACAAUAUUAAAUACUUCUUCGAAAAAAUCUAACGACACCGAAAAUUUCGAAUCAAGUGUAGGUGAAAGGUUGAUAAAACGGCAAUUGUGUUUGUCUAAAGCAAAUAGUUCUGAAUCUGAUGAAAAACUAAAACAACUUUGUCAGGUUGUUGUUGAAAGAUUACCAAAAAGUGUUCUAGUAAAACAUGCGAACGCGUUGGAAAAAUCGCGGGAGUAUUUGGAAAGCAAACGGAUUAAAAGUCUCAUUCAUAUAGAUAAACUACAGAAGAAUCAAGAAAAAAACACUCUAACGCGAAAGAAUUCUCAUAGAAAAAAAUUAACAUUAAAAGAAACUGAAGAUUCUCUUUUAGAUCACCUAGAGAAAGUAAAAAAUGGAGAUAUCAUUGAGGAUACAGAAAAGGGUACAAACUCAGAAGGUAGUAGCACUAUUCUACAAGCAGAAACUACCUUUCAGUCCAAGGAUGAUUUGAUGUUAGAAGCAGACAUAGUUGUAAAGAAUAUGCUUUUAAAUUCUUCUGAUUCAGACGACACUGAGGAACAAAAAGGUGUCUUAGAAAAUGGUGAUAGCGAGAAAGAGAAGGACAACGCUAUGUCACAGGAUCAGUCAAAAAAGAGCAGCGAUAAGAAGAAUGAAGAUAAACUGGAAAAAAAUAGUUGGAGAACAAACAAGGUAUUGACGAUGAAAUUUUCUUCGAGUUCCGAUUCUGAUGCUAAAAGGGAAGAGUGGAGUAUAAAUCGAGAAAAACUACGAGAAAGUAGGGAAGAAAAUCAAAAUGAAGAUUCAGAGAUCGAGGCUGCCAAAGUAAAAUGUAAAAGGAAGAACCGUAGAAAAAUUACAGAUUCUGAUUCAGACACGCUAUUAGUGAAUUCUGAUUCUUCUUUUGCAUUGAAAGAUAGCUUGACUUUGAGCAGUGAUUCUUCAACAAAGAAACACAAACCACGUAAACGUAGAACGCGUAAAUCUUCAGAUACCGAUACCUCGUUUUCAGAAAAAAGAGUUAAGCCAAAAAGGAGACGCAUUAAAAAUGCAAGCACUGACAGUGAUGAUAUCGAUAAUGAUAAAGUUAAAAGUUCAGAAGGAAAGGAGAGUCGAAAGAAUAUUCGAAAAGUAAUGAAAGACAAACAAGUUGCAAAUGAUACAAAACAAGCUGCCAAAGAAGAGGAAGAAAGGCUUAAACGUAUUGCUGAGCGCCAAAAAUUGUAUAAUCAAAUGUAUGAAACAAGAUUGGCUAACGAAGAAAAGGUAGACGAGCUGGUAUUAGAUUUUGAUACUGAAACAAAAGAAAAACUUCUAAGCGUUGACAAGGAUUUAGUGAAACGUUUGAAACCUCAUCAAGCUAAGGGAGUAAAAUUCAUGUGGGACGCGUGUUUUGAAUCAAUCGAAAGAAUGAAGACUUCGCCUGGAUCUGGAUGUAUAAUUGCACACUGCAUGGGACUUGGCAAAACUCUUCAAGUAAUUGCAUUAGCCCAUACGCUUUUAAUGCAUGAAGACGUUAAUGUGAAGACAAUUAUGGUUGUUUGCCCUUUAAGUACGGUACUUAAUUGGCGAAAUGAAUUUGAUUUGUGGUUGGAUAAUAUAGAACAUGAUAUUGAAAUUUAUGAACUGACCAGAUUAAAGCAAAACACAGAACGAAGAUACAUGCUAGAAAGUUGGCAGAGAACUGGUGGUAUACUUAUCAUUGGCUAUGAAAUGUUUAGAAAUUUAAGUGGCACUAAUAACAGAAUGCCAAAAUAUGCCAAAAAAUCAGUCCUACAGUGCUUGAUAGAUCCUGGUCCAGACAUAAUAGUCUGUGAUGAGGGUCAUUUAUUAAAAAAUGAAGACACUGCUCUAAGCAAAUGCAUAAAUCGUAUAAAAACAUUAAGGAGAAUUGUACUAACUGGAACACCGCUACAAAACAAUUUAAUAGAAUAUCAUUGCAUGGUACAGUUUAUAAAACCAAAUCUUUUGGGAACCAAGAAAGAAUUUGUGAAUAGGUUUGCAAAUCCGAUAACUAACGGCCAGUUCGACGAUUCUACUGAAUACGAUGUUAAAUUAAUGAAAAAACGUGCUUAUGUUUUGCACAAAAUGUUAAAAGGUUGUGUUCAGAGGCUCGAUUACUCGGUAUUAAUGCCUUUCUUACCGCCAAAACAGGAGUACGUCAUUUUUGUAAGAUUAACAGAAGUACAAAUAAAUUUGUAUCGAUAUUAUCUGGAAAACUUUGCACGACAAAAACGCACCGGAGGUGGAGGUGGAUUUCUGUUUGCUGAUUUUCAAUCGUUACAAAGGAUAUGGACGCAUCCUAUAGUUUUACAAUUAAACGCAGAAAAAAUAGACAAGAUGAAUGAAAAAAAGCUGUCUAGUGAUUCUGAAGGUUCUUUAAAAAACUUUAUCGAUGACGAUAGCAGCGAAACCACUUCAACUGAGUCUUCUGAUGACGACGACGACGUCGUAGCUAUUAGUUCGGAUUUCUCCAAAAAAAAUACAAGACAGAACAAGACAGAAGAGGAAACAAACGUAAAAACUGAUGAUCCUGAACCAAAAGAAGAAUUAUGGUGGUUGCAAUUUGUUCAACCUGAACAUUUUGAAGAUAUGAGAGUUUCCUCGAAAUUGCGACUGCUAUUUGGUAUCUUAAAAGAGUGUGAACAAAUUGGGGACAAAUUAUUGAUAUUUUCACAGUCAUUGUAUUCGCUGACAUUAAUUGAGAAAUUCCUUAAGAAGAUCGACGUUGCAACAGAAGAUGGUACAAAUUUGGAAUAUAUUGAUGGGCACACUGGCAGCUGGACAUUAGGUUUAGAUUAUUUUCGACUGGAUGGUCAAACAUCGACCGAGAAUAGAAAUUGUUGGUGUAAAAUCUUUAAUAAACCGUCAAACACGAGAGCAAGAUUAUUCUUGAUAUCGACGCGAGCAGGUGGAUUAGGAAUUAAUUUAACUGCUGCAAAUCGUGUAAUUAUUUUUGACGCGAGUUGGAAUCCGUCUUACGACGUACAAAGUAUAUUUCGUAUAUACAGAUUCGGUCAAAAGAAGCCGUGUUACGUUUAUCGGUUUCUAGCGGCUGGCACAAUGGAAGAGAAGAUCUAUAAUCGACAAGUGACAAAGUUAUCGCUUUCCUGUAGAGUUGUUGAUGUACAACAAAUAGAACGUCAUUAUACCAACAAUGAUCUAUCCGAGUUGUAUAAAUUCGAACCAAACACAAGUAACGAAGAGAAAACUUUAAAUUUGCCAAAAGAUAGACUACUAAGGGAGAUAUUUUUAAAAUAUAAAAAAUGUGUGGAGAACUAUCACGAACACGAUUCCCUUUUAGAAAAUAAAGCCGAAGAAGAAUUAAACGAGGAAGAGAGGAAGCAAGCUUGGUUAGAAUACGAAGAAGAAAAGACAGGGAAAUUGAUGCCAGGACUUCCAACAACAGCACUUUUCCCAAAUAACUUAUUAUUACAACAACAGAAUUUAUCAGGACCAUUCAACUUUGCUACAGAUUACGAACAACUUCAAGAAUUUAUUCGAAAAGAUUAUCCAAAUGCAACGGCAGAGUAUCAACAAAUGUUAACUGCUCGUGCCUUAACAGAUAUGUAUAAUUACUGGGAGGAACAGACUUUUAAUUCUAACAACAGAAUAAUUAAUCAGAAUUUAGGUACCAAUGCACCAGUCAUGAGAACACAACAAAUGCUAAAUGUACCUCAAACGUCCUAUGCACUGCUCAACACCAAUGCAAAGUCUGCAAGUACUGAUAAUGAUGUUAUAGAGAUUCUUCCGAAUACAACAAGUAAUACAAGCAAAAGCAAAGAAGAAUGAAUAAAAGAUAAGAAAAGUAAACGUUAUAUAAAAAA